AAUAUGUCCCAAACUGUCAAAUGACAUGUUACAAGUUUCUGCUCAAGCGGGUACAAUGCGCGAGAGACAGUGGUUAUUAGAAGGCGUGCAAUGAAUCCAUGCUAGCCGCCCGAGCAUUCGGAGCGGGUUUCACUCUAAUAACCGUGGCCAAAGCGAUGAGCUCUGUAGCAGCGACGACAUCCGCCGAGACCCGGGGGUUGCAUGUAGCAGCCAGCCGGGAUGCACGCUGCGGGAGCCCGCUGCAGAGGCUGCAGAGGCUGCUGGCGGUGCCCGGCUACGUCCCGAGCCGAGUGAACGACAUGCUGCUCCUGCGGCCUGACACAGACGGUCACAAGUACCAUAACAAGCAUGUGGUGUUCUUCCACGGAGAUAUUCAGAACUUCCAGGAGGAGAUGGCUCUGCAGGCCGAGGGAGCCCAGUGGCUCUCCUGGAGUCUGGAGCAGGUGGCCUUCAUCUUGGGCAGACGUUUCCCUGACCGAUAUGUUUGGGUGGUCAGAGCCUCCCGCAUGUAUCUCCACAAGUUCAGCUGCUACCACAACUUUGUGGAGAGCAACAUGUUUGGGGCACCAGAGCACUCACCCUACUCACCUGAAGGUGGAGCCUUGCACCAGCUCAGGGCCCUGCUGAGCCACGGCAUGGAGCAAGCCAGCCUACCCAACCCUCUUCAGCCACAAGGAGGCGCCAGCACCAUCCCUUCAGGGUUUUCACUGAUGCUGGUGGGCUUCAGCAAAGGCUGCGUGGUGCUGAACCAGAUGGUGUACGAGCUGGGUGGGGCCCGCGCUGACCCGCAAAUGGCUCCUUUCAUUAAAUGCAUCGCGGCCAUGUACUGGCUGGACGGCGGACACCCGGGGGGCGGUGAGACCUGGGUGACGGAUAAGCAGGUGCUGAAGGAGCUCGCUGCCAGCAGAGUGUCGAUUCACGCCCACGUAACCCCUUACGAGGUGUGCGACCCCAUGCGGGCGUGGGUGGGCCGCGAGCACAGAUACUUCAUCAAAACCCUGGAGGAGUUUGGGGCCUGUCCAAGUAAGAAGCUGCACUUUGAGGAUGAGCCCCCCUCCAUUGAGAACCACUUCAGGGUCAUCCAGGAGUUUUGAGCUUGUGAGCACUUCAUAGUACACACACACACACACACACACACACACCUACAAACCUGAUGGUUGGAUCAUUAGUGAGCACUUUAGAUUAUCUGUUAGAAAACAGGUUGAGGGUCUGACCUUAGUUUUGUGGUGAUUUAAGAGAUCAGAAGUUAAAACAUGCUUCUUUCCUUUCUACUGCUAAAUGCACUUAAUGAGCUGAUCCUUCCCCUGCAUGUGGCUCUGAGUAGGAAUACGCAGGUAUAAAAAACGGUUAAUAGAUUUUAACAUCGUGUCUUCUGCCUUUAUUAUUUAACUCUUGAGGCCAAACAGAACUUCUUAGAUUGUGGCUCAGAGCUGUCGUCUUAGAAACAUGUUUGUUUGAUUUUCUUUAUGAAGAAGUUCUCUAAUUUAAGGUGUAUAAAACUUAAUACUGUGACUUAUUUUGUCAUUUCCUGUACGUUUGGCUGAAGCAGAGCAGCUUCUUACUGCACUAGUGUUUAGCUGCUUAUGAACGUCUGACCUUGACUCUGCAGGUUCAGACUUCAUCAGUUGGUCUCUGGGAUUCUUGAUUGUACUUUAGCUGUGGCCAUUUCAUUAAGCCAAGUACUUGGUCAGAAAGUAAACAACAAACACUGUACUGUUGUCAUUCCUUCAGUUUGAUCCCGAUGGAAGAUUUUCCACUAAUAAUUUGUCCAACUUUUUCCAUUUAACCGUCACCCAGCUGCACUCGGAGGGAAAGGAAGAACCAAACCUUCAUUUUGAUAGGAUAGCCCCCCCCUCACUUUAGCCAGCAUCUAGCUGCCACUAUGAGGGAGGCACUAACACGUCCGUACACAUCUGCUUGUUAUAAUAGCCAACUCCUAGGUAACACAACGCAGUCUCUCCUCAGUCCUCUGGAGCUUUUUAAUCACAUGAUCUUUAUCAGCAGAUGAUGGAGUUAAAUGUUUUCUGCUGAUGAAAAUCAUGUAGACCUUGAGGCGGAGCUUGUCAACUGCUGUGCUGCCGUUUAACAAUGGCCCAGGUUCGAUUCUCAUUCAGGGCACCUCUAGCAAGUCGGUGCCAGUGGACACACAAACCUUAGGAAUGGAAAAAAAAAUAGAAUUUGACAAACAAUGUUUACAAGAUGGUUUUUGUGUAAAAUGAAAAUUGACAAUAAGGUAUAAUAGUAAUAUUCCAG